AUGAGAUUUCUCGUAUAUACUCUACUUAUACUCAAUGUAGCUUCGAUACUGACUGCCUACGAUGUUAAGGACUUUGCAAAAUUUCAACGGAACGUAAUUCGAAAUAUGGAGAAGUUGGAAAAGCUUCUUGGAAACAAAAGACCACAUUGCUGCAGAUAUUCAAUUCAGAGUCAUCGAAUUGGUGGAGUUAUCAUCUUGGGCUGA